AUGCAUUCACGAUUGUUAGCCCGAAGUGUGGGUAAUGUGUCGAUGGCGGCAUCUGGAGCUGAAGGCGAAGUUACAGCAGCGUCACGAUUACAGAAUACCAUCGACAUGCUGAAGAAAGCCAGCAAUCCCGACUUGACUCAAUGCUCCCUUUACGACGAUCCCGGAAGUCCAUGUGGUGAAAAAAUGCGACGACGUGGAGCUGUUCAGAAAAAGGUUGAACGCUAUCAUCCUCGACAUCGAACCGCCCGAAACCAAACCAGCGAGGAGAGUGACAGCAACGGCAGUGACGCAAGCCCUCUGAAUCAGAGCUUGAAUCGACGGCUACUGUCGUCUGGCAAUAACAGGUCAGUCUCCGCGGUAGAGACAUCAGGUCGGCUUGGUGGUAUGGCUUCUAGACGACUGUUCGACCAACAACGAUAUGGUGCCGCUCCAUCGUCCACCACUACGGCUUCUCCAAGGAGAACUCAAAACUAUUUGGCACAAAAAAUGGCUGGGUAA